AAUGGCGAGUUCUUGGUCUCCAGGUUGUUGCGAAGGCUGUUCCUCUACUAUCUGUGCGUGUGGCGACAAGGGCAAGCGGAGCGACUCCUCGCUCUUGGACAAGCGGGUCUCCGAAGACUCGAGUCGCCACCAGCUGCUGCAGAAGUGGGCGAGCACGUGGAGCUCCGUGGGCGGGGACGGGUCGGUGGCCUGCCCGGAAAAGAUGCGGCGCGAGGAGGCUGCUGAGCCGGCUGAGGAGGACAGGCCGCUGGUGUUUCUGUGCUCCGGCUGCCGGCGGCCCCUGGGCGACUCGUUGAGCUGGGUGACGAGCCAGGAGGACACCAACUGCAUCUUGCUGCGCUGUGUUUCCUGUAAUGUUUCUGUGAAUAAGGAACAAAUAUUAUCCAAACGUAAGAAUGAACAUGGUUGCGUUCUGGAGGCUCUGUACUGCACCGGGUGCUCCCUAAGUCUCGGCUACGUGUACAGAUGCACCCCCACGCACCUAGACUACAAGAGGGACCUGUUCUGCCUGAGUGUUGAAGCCAUUGAAAGUUACAGUUUAGGGUCCUCUGGAAAGCAGAUUGUGUCAGAAGAUAAAGAGCUUUUUAAUCUGGAAAGCAGAGCUGAAAUAGAAAAAUCUCUAGAGCAGAUGGAAGAUGUUUUGAAAGCAUUACAAACAAAGCUGUGGAAAAUUGAAUCAAAGUUGUCCUUUACUGGUUGUCAAAGCUGAAAUCUGCUCCAUGUCCCCUGUUGGCCCCCAACCCCCAGGGGACAGCUCUGCCACACACACCAGCUCCUGUUACCACUUCCCGUCACUCAGCAGGAAGGAUGGAGUUCUGCAUGGCUGCAUACGUGCUUUCUCUGGAGAGGAUGGUAGACCUGCUUUUCUGGGUAUUCAUAGUAAAGAGAUGAUUUUUCACCAAA